CUUUCUUUUCAGACAUGCCACCUAUACCGACAGCGCUGGAUGCUGAAGCUCUCUCUCUAUUCGACUCCAUUGAACGGCACCACUAAGUUUCAGAUUCCUCGCCUAAGAGCAUGUGCCGGUCCUUUGGUAACACAACAAGCGUGUGCGGCGGGCGUAAGGGAGGAUAUUGAAGGCCCGGCCAAGCAGAUUGGGGAGCUGGACGUUCUGGUUGAUGACCAGAGGACUGAAUGGGCAAGAAGAGAGCUGAGGAGAGUGGAUAUCUUCCGUGAUUCAUUUGUCAGACUCUCGAGCAGCAUUUCUAGCGUCGAAACAUGCAAUUGAUACACAAAGUCGGUCACAGCGAGAAGAGUUAUUGCGGUCUCCUGCCAUUCUCAGGAAAAGCACAAGCUCCUCGGGCGAGAAAGCCACAUUCGUACACUGCGUGUAUUUGUACCCUCUGAUGUGGCUGGCCUGUGAAUUACAGCGAAGACUCACUCAUGAAAGCCAAUCAUGAUGUCGCAGGAGCUCUGCAAUGAACCAUCGAGCUAAUGCAGAAAGAAUUCGAGCGCAGACUGUGUCUU